GUGACUGUUGAACCAGGCAGUUGGAGAGGAAGAAGCUGAUGCAAUUAGAGCGACAAGAUCAAGGCCUCCUUCUAGGUGGAAACAAACAAAGAAAGCAAAGAAGAGAGAGAGAGAAAGAGGAAAAUAUAUCCAGAGGGUCAUAAAUAGAACCAGAAAUUUAAAAAAAUGAAGAAUCAAAGAAAGACCCACGAAAAGAGUUCAAGGAUAAAUCUGGCCAGCAAGUCCUCCCACCACCACCACCACCACCACCACCACCAUGUCAGAGUGGAAUCUUCCAAGCGUUAUCCGCAUCCCGACUUGAACCAAGGAGGUGACAGGAGGACCUUCUUUCAGAAAUAUGGUCCGAGCUUACAAACCUUGAUUCCCUUCCAUUUCAGGGCAAGAUCUUCUGUGAAUCCGAUAGACGAUGCUGGGCUCCUCUCCUAUGCCACAUUUUCCUGGCUUUCCUACCUAAUGUACAGGGGAUAUAGACAUGCACUGGACGUGGACACUUUGCCCCCGUUGUCUUAUCUGGAUAGUUCGGAGCCAAAUGCCAAAAGAUUUCAACUCCUUUGGGAGGCUGAGCUGGAAAAAGCUGGACCCGAAAAAGCUUCGGUCUUCAGAGUGGCAUUUCAGUUUCAGAAGACAAGAAUUUUGAUGGACGCAGUGGCCAACUUCACAUGCAUCAUUUUUGGUGUUUUAGGACCGACGGUGAUCAUCCAUAAGAUUCUCUGGCAUGCCGAAAGCAGUUCCAAUGAUGAUUUGACAGGGAUUGGCCUCUGCAUUGGGCUGUUCACCUCAGAAAUCUGCAAAGUGGUGUUCUGGUCCUUGGCGUGGGCCAUCAACUACCGCACUGCCAUCCGAUUGAAAGUUGCAAUCUCGACAGUUGCUUUCGAGAAACUGCUGUCAUUUAACAGCCUGACGCACAUCUCAGUCGGAGAAGUGAUCAACGUGUUAACCAAUGAUGGCUAUCGAGUAUAUGAAGCGGCCUUGUUUUGUCCCCUACCGGUCACUGUGCCUGUGCUGCUAAUCAUCUGCGCCAUCUAUUCUUGUCUCAUCCUAGGUCCCACUGCGCUCAUGGGGAUGUUUAUUUACCUUAUGUUCAUCCCCUUACAGAUGCUCAUGGCCAAGUUGACGACUGUCUUCCGACGAGCUGCCAUUUUGGUGACCGACAAGCGCGUACGAGUCAUGAAUGAGAUUUUGAAUUGCAUUAAACUGAUCAAAAUGUAUGCUUGGGAGAAAUCUUUUGUCACCGCCGUCAGAGGCAUUAGGAAAGCAGAAAGGAAAAUAUUGGAAAAAGCCGGAUACGUACAGAGCAUGAACUCGGCCCUUACACCAAUUGUAACCACUCUGGCGGUUGUCAUGACGUUCUCCUUACACAGUCUUUUGAAGCAAGAACUUACAGCUUCUGUUGCCUUCAGUGUGGUUGCGAUGUUUAACGUAAUGAAGUUUGCAAUUGCCAUCUUACCGUUCUCGGUGAAAGCCGCCGCCGAAGCGAGCGUUUCGCUAAGAAGGCUGAAGAAUAUUCUUUUAAUUAAAGUCCCUCCGGCGUACGUGAUGCCUUUGAAGAAGUCGAAGCAUGCCCUUGUACUGGAAAAUGCGACCCUGUCCUGGGACACCUCGGACGAGAAGGGUUCCAAAAGUGGCAAGGCGGCGAUUUCAAAAGUGAAAAGCAAGGCCAAGACAGGUGCAGACGCUGAUCAUUCUUCGACAUCAAACAAGAAGAGCCACAGUGGCUUUGCCCUGCAUAACAUAAACGUGACUCUGCAGAAAGGCAAGAUUUUGGGGAUCUGUGGAAAUGUUGGAAGUGGAAAGAGCUCCUUCAUAGCCGCCAUACUAGGACAGAUGAAUCUGUAUGAAGGGAGAGUUGCAGUGGAUGGGACCUUUGCUUAUGUGUCACAGCAGGCAUGGAUAUUCCAUGGGACUGUCCGAGAGAACAUACUCUUUGGGAAAACAUAUGAUCCCCAAAGGUACAACAAUGCCAUCAGAGUCUGCAGCUUGAAGACAGACAUGGACCUCCUUCCAUAUGGAGAUAUGACUGAAAUAGGGGAAAGGGGCCUCAACCUUUCUGGAGGUCAGAAGCAGCGAAUCAGCUUAGCUCGCGCAGUGUAUGCUAACAGAGACAUCUACCUGUUGGAUGACCCUUUAUCUGCACUCGAUGUGCAUGUUGGGAAAAGUAUUUUCGAAGAAUGCAUUAAAAAGGCCCUGAGAGGAAAAACAGUGCUCCUGGUUACUCAUCAGCUGCAGUAUUUAGAAUUUUGCGAUGAGGUCAUCUUGCUAAAAGAUGGAGAAGUAUUUGAGAGCGGCACCCACCAACAGCUGAUGAAAAGAAAGGGACGCUAUGCUCAACUCAUUGAUAAUCUUCACUUGGAAGAAACAACGACGCCACACAAUGAUUUCAUUUCAGGAAAUCCAAGAGCAGAAGAGGCAGCGGAUAUUGAGGACAUUAUACCAGACGUCGCUUUCGCAGGCAUUGAAAAUCAUGCUGCUGCUGCAUCCAAAAAGGCAAAAGGAUCCACGGCAGGAGAUGAUGAAGCUCCUGAAAACCAACUUGUUCAACAAGAAGAAAAGCAGGAAGGCUCUGUUACGUGGAAAACCUAUCACACUUACAUUAACAUGUCUGGAGGUUUUAUGUUAUGGUCCUUACUCGUGCUUCUCUUUGCUCUAAUGAUUGGCUGUUCCGCCUUUAGCAACUGGUGGCUAAGUUACUGGCUGAAUAAGGGCGCCGGGAUCAACUGUGUUCCGGAGAUCGUCUGUAAUGGGAGCAUAAGUGAUAACCCAGAUCUGCAGUACUACCAGCUGGUCUAUGGAUUGAGCAUCGUCUGCAUGUUUACCUUCAGCAUGAUCAAGGCCUAUGUUUUCACAAAGGCGACAUUACUAGCUUCAUCCAACCUACAUGAUGCCAUGUUUUCCAAGAUCUUACAGAGUCCAAUGAGCUUCUUUGAUACGACUCCCACUGGCAGAGUCGUGAACCGGUUCUCUAAGGAUAUGGAUGAAUUGGACGUGAGGCUUCCUUUCCAUGCGGAGAAUUUCCUGCAACAGUUCUUCAUGGUGAUCUCGAUUGCCGUCAUCAUCGCCAUUGUCUUCCCCUACCUCCUUAUUGUACUGGCUGUCGAGACUGUUAUAUUCAUUCUACUCUUCCAAAUUUUUCAGACCACCAUCCGCGAGUUAAAACGAGUCGAAAACAUCAGCCGGUCUCCAUGCCUUUCCCUGAUAACGUCUUCUGUCCAAGGCCUGAGUGUAAUCCAUGCCUACAGUAAGAAGGAUGACUAUAUCACUCGGUUUAAAGUGUUGAAUGAUAUAAAUGCCAGCCAUUUCAUGCUGUUUAACUGCGCACUGCGGUGGUUUGCGGUGAGGACAGAUAUCCUCAUGAACAGCAUGACUUUCAUCGUCGCCCUCUUCGUCAUCCUCAGCCCUUCUUCCAUCAGCGCGGCAGAAAAGGGCUUGGCUUUAGCUUACACAAUCCAGUUGAGUGGCCUCCUUCAGGUGUGCGUAAGAACAGGAACAGAGACAGAAGCGAAAUUUCUUUCUGUGGAACAGAUCAUGGAAUAUAUCACGAUUUGUGUUCCUGAGGCAAAGGAAAGUGCCACCCUUGUCAGCCCCCCCUCACACUGGCCUUCCAAGGGUGAAAUCACAUUUAAAAAAUACAAGAUGCAAUACCGCGAAAACACCCCGCUGGUUCUCAAUAACAUCAGCCUGCACAUUCACAGCAAGGAAAAAGUUGGGGUCGUUGGCCGGACAGGCUCAGGUAAAUCGUCACUGGCGGUUGCCCUGUUUCGACUCGUAGAACCAAGUGCUGGCACCAUUGUGAUUGACAAAAUCGAUAUCCGGACCAUUCCUUUGGAAUCUCUACGGACGAAGCUUUCGGUCAUUCCUCAAGAACCUGUUCUGUUUGUAGGUACAGUGAGGUACAAUUUAGAUCCUUUUGCCCACCACACAGAUGACGAAAUCUGGCGCGUGUUGAGCAGAACAUUUAUGAAAGGCACAGUUUCAAAACUGCCAGGAAAACUAAAGGCCGAGGUGCUUGAAAAUGGAGAAAAUUUCUCUGUAGGGGAGCGACAGCUACUCUGUAUGGCAAGAGCACUCCUUCGAAAUUCAAAAAUCAUCAUUCUCGAUGAGGCCACAGCUUCCAUCGAUUCUGAGACAGACGCACAGAUCCAGAAGACCAUCCAAGAAGCUUUCAAGAACUGUACAGUCUUGACCAUCGCUCACCGUAUCAACACCAUCCUAGAAAGUGACCGCGUGUUGGUGAUGGACAGCGGAAAGGUAGCUGAGUUUGACAAACCGGAUGAGCUUGUCCAGAAUCCCAAUUCUGUAUUUGCAUCCCUCUUAGCCGCUUCCAGCAAAGGCAUAUCGUAGAAAAAGAGAAUAUAUAUAUAUAUAUGCUUGCUAUGCAGACCCUGGAAAUGAAAGUUUAAUGUGGACCUAGUUAAUACCUAAAUCUUCAGAUCCUGUCAACAAAGAAAGAUGGUAACCUUUGUUGAAGAUGUCGUCUACUGGGAAACUUGGGAAAUGAAACUAAGAAUAAAAUGAGGAAAACAGAAAGGUCCAUUUCAAUACGCAUGGUAAUGCACGGCUGAUUUUGUAUCACAAUCAAACUCUGGAAAAACAGAUCUCCUGUGUGCAGAAACAGACCUAUCAGCAUGGUGGAUUUGGGCAGCAAAGAUGCCAGAAGGCAGCCACUUUUCUGCUGAUUCUUAGCACCCAAGGACAAUUAAAUACUACAUGUACCAACACAAAUACAGACUAAUGAUGUAAA